CCAUUGGCUCCGUGACGUCAUCGCAGAGCAGCGCAGGACUCUCUCCAGCAGCGGCGUGUCCUCCUCAACAAACGCGAGCAAUGCGAACCGAACGCCAGCGAAACGCGCUCCGCAGACCGGCGCACGCCGCGGAUUAAACCGGGGACCUCUUCAGAUCAUGACGGAGACGGCGGAGAAGUGAAGCCCGAACGCGUUGAUUAACGUCACGCAGCGCGCUCUGAUUCCGCGUACUAGACGCGCAGUAUGCAGGAGCCCAGCUGAUCGAGACUCGAACCCCCAGCUCUUAGAUAACCCCACGAACCACUGCUCGACUGCAGAACCAGAAACAGCUCAAAUUAGCUCAUUAGUCCGGCUCCUAAACUCAUUAAUGAUGGCGGGAAUCCUGCUGGUCACCGCCAACGUCGGAUCGCUGUUUGAAGAUCUGGAGAACCUACAGAAGACGUGGCUGCGGGAGUUUUACCAGACGGUUCAGACGCACCGGCCGCUCUUCCUCGCUCUUCACUGUCAGGAGGUCGGAGGGAAGAACUACGAGGCGUCUAUGACACACGUGGACAGCUUCAUCAAAGAGCUGCUGUCCAGUGACGUCAUGAAGGACUACAACCGCGCUCGUGUCUACCUCGACAAGAACUACAAAUCCCAGGAGCAGUUCACAGCACUGGGAUGUUGCUACUUCAUCCACGAAUCCUUGAAAAACAUCCAGCAGUUUGAUUUCAAAGCCAAGAAGUUCAGGAAGGUGGUUGGAAAGGAGGUGUGUUCGGAUGCUCUUCCGAGCGCAGCCUCGCUGGAGAAGGAGAAGUUUCCUCAGGACUAUUUCCCUGAGUCUAAAUGGUCCAGAAAAGGCUUCAUCCGAACCCGAUGGGCGCUGGCUGACUGUGCCUUCGACCUGGUGAACAUCCACCUGUUUCACGACGCGUCUAACCUGGUGGCGUGGGAGAAGAGUCCGUCGGUGUACUCGGGGACGAGGCAGAAAGCGCUGGGCUUCGUGCUGGACAGGAUCACGGAUCAGCGCUUCGAGCGGCUGCCGUACUUCAUCUUCGGAGACUUCAACUUCAGGCUGGACUCCAAGCAGGUCAUUGAGAGUCUGUGCUCAAACGCUAGCAUGCAGACGGUCAGAUCCACUGACACCAAUGAAAUCGACAAACUCAUCUUCAGAGAGUCAGACAAUGACCACAAGGUUGUCCUCCAGCUGGAGAAGAAGUUAUUUAACUACAUUAACCAGGACGUUUUCCGGGAAAACAAUGGAACGCAGCUCUUAGAGUUCGACAGAGAGCUGUGUGUGUUUAAGGAGCGUCUGCAGGAGCUGGACAUCUCGUUUCCUCCGAGUUAUCCGUACAGUGAAGACUCCAGUCAGGGGAAGCAGUACAUGAACACUCGAUGUCCCGCCUGGUGUGACCGGAUCCUCAUGUCCUCCUCGGCCAGAGACCUGCUCGUCAAGCCAGAGAAUGAGGAGAAAUCAAUAACAUACGACAACAUCGGCCCCAGCGUGUGUAUGGGGGACCACAAGCCGGUCUACUUAUACUUUCGGUUAAACACCGGAGCAGGUAAACCUCACGCAAACAAGCACAAGUGUUGUGUCCUGCAGUGAUCUGCAGGAAAAUGUUGCCACAGGUUGGAGAAGAUUUCAUGAAAAGCGUCGCUGUGAGAAGCUGGAUGGACACACACACACACACACACACACAUGCACAAACAGAGGACCCUGUAAAGACUUUUCAGCAGGACUGACCAGUCGCAUUUGUCCAAUGCAUGCAAUCACGUCUAUAGAAACGGCACGCUGCGUUUAUGAAUGCUUCAGGAGUCGAGAUCAUGUUCACACACACGCUGCAUUUCCACUAAAUCAGAUGUUUCUCGUUUCUCAAACUCUAAUAGAACAUCAGAAACACUACAGAUCUUAAAAAGCGUCCUUGCAGAUUUUAGAUAUGCCUCAUAAUAUAACCAGCUACUUCCAUACAGUAAGAUGUUUUAAAAAGUGCAAUGCAAGAACUCUUGUUGUAUUUCUCUAAGGCUAGGUUUAUUU